AUGGUGGACGCCAUAGCUAUUGUGUUGCUUGUUCGUCUGGUUGCGUGCCCUGUCGUGGGUUUCUUUCUAGCUCUCUUCUUGAGGUCGAGGGCCAAGAGGAUCAACUCCUCCUCAGCAUGUGCAGUGCAAAACAUGCACGGAUCAAUCGAGUCCAACCGCGAGGAGGCCGAGACCCACCACCACGCCGAGCUGGAGAUCGUCGUCGCUGCGGCCGGUGCAAGGCGAUACAGCUACGACGAGCUCGCCGCCGCGACAGGUGACUUCACGGAGGAGGAGAAGCUCGGGCAAGGAGGCUUUGGCUGCGUCUACCGUGGCCGGCUCCCGGUCGUCGCGGGCGGCAACGGCGGCGGCGACGGCCAGCAGGUGGCCAUCAAGUUCUUGUCGGACUCCUCGUCGCAGGGAAGGAAGGAGUUCGAGGCCGAGGUGAAGAUCAUAACCCGGCUGAGGCAUCGCAACCUUGUGCAGCUGCUAGGUUGGUGCGAUUGCCCCAGGGGGCUCAUGCUCGUCUACGAACUUGUGCCAGGAGGGAGCCUAGAUAAGCAUAUCUACCACACCGAGAGGCUGUUAACUUGGCCAGAGAGGUACAAGAUCAUACUGGGAUUGGCAUCCGUGCUGCGUUACCUUCACGAAGAGUGGGAGCAGUGCAUCGUCCAUGGCGACAUCAAGCCAAGCAACAUCAUGCUCGACUCCUCCUACAACGUUAAGAUGGGAGACUUCGGGCUGGCUAGGCUCAUCGACCACGGCGAGCGCUGGAAGACCACCAAGGCCGUUCAGGGCACCGCUGGGUACAUCGACCCGGAGUUCGUCAACACGCAGCGGCCGAGCACCGAGUCCGACGUCUACAGCUUCGGCGUCGUCCUCCUCGAGCUCGUCUCCGGCCGGAAACCGGUGGACCACCCGGUGGACGCGCCGCCGUUCAUGCUGGUGAAGUGGGUACAGGGACUGUAUAGCCAGAACGCGAUCCUCGACGCGGCGGACGGGCGGCUGCGCUGCGACGGCGGCGGCGUCGACGAGCUCGCCGAGCGGCAGAUGGAGCGCGCCCUGGUCGUCGGGCUGUGGUGCGCGCACCCGGAGAUGGGGGAGCGCCCGUCCAUCACGCAAGCCAUGCGCGUCCUGCAGUCCGACGACGCGAGGCUGCCGGCGCUCUCGCCGCAGAUGUACAUGGCGCCGCCAGGAUUAAUGUCGUUCGCCGUGGGCGAUCAGUUCGGUGUUUCGGGGAGCUCCUCCUCAAGCAGCGGCGCCCGCUCGUUGGCAACCACCAGUACUACCACGCGUUCUUCGGGCUUGUUUGCCAGCUGAUUAUCUCUUUGUGGCCUUGUUCGAUCUCUUGCAUAGCUAGAUGUCUGGACCAUGUCUUCUUAUACCGGUGAUUUAUCUUUUGUAUGCUGAAUUGCUGAUCAAUGUCAUUGACUUGUGAAUCUGGGAUGGCACACAUAACACAAACUAGUACUAGUACUAGUACUAGUA